AUACUGCCUUAUCACGAAGAGAAAACUGUUUGUCCAGCAGUCUCUAGGCAUGACGGGCGAAGGUACCAACUAUAAUGACAACUCUCACUAAUAUAUCUCUACACACAACAAGAUUACACCUUUUUAAUGUCACUACAUAAAUAUUAUUACAGAUACAAAUAUAUUUUAUACUAUGUCAUGACACUUAAUAGGAAAUACAAACACAACAGAGACGCAUCAUCAGUUAUGAGGGUUGGCAGCCGUGACGUCAACACUGCCAUGUGAAAAACUCGGAGGCGCGAAAAGUGAAUGUUGCCAGAAAGCCCAGUCACCGUGCCACUGAUGGAAGCUGUGAUGGAUGUGCAACCAGUCCACAUGUGCUGCCAAUGACUCAGCAUAACGUUCCCUCGCACCUGCUGCUGAGAAAACAAGAUCUGGUUUUCUUUUACCACAAGAAGGGAACUGCUGCAGGGAUGGACUGGAUCAACUGUAACCUCUGUUGCCGCCAGCCGGGAGAUGACAGGGAGAGGACCUUCACACUCAGCAGUUGUGGCCACAUCUUCUGUGACCUGUGUCUGGCUAGGGUGGAAUCUCGAGAGAAGUGUGCUGUGUGUUCCUCCACAUGCCAGAUGAUGCAGCUCUCUUCAAAGAUGAAACCAGAUGCCGAGAUGUUUUUCCAGGAACCAGCAACAAUGAUCAAGAAACACUACACUCUUAUCACUCGCCUGCUCGACUUCCAGAGAGAUCACCGCAUUCGCCUUGUAUCUUUUCAUAGGAAGAUUAUGCAGAAGUACCGGGAGCUGGAGAAGCAGAUGGUCAUGAACAAGAGCCAGGAAGCUGAGAAGUAUUCAGCUGCCAUAAACCGCAUCCAGGAACUUGAACGCGAGGUGCAGCGGCUGCGCAGUGUUAUAGCCUCCAUGGAGGCUGGUGGCACCUCUACCCAAGCUGGGAAGAACCCAUCACCAAAGCAUGUGUCUCCCAGUGGCACCAUGAUCAGUCCUGGCCGCCUCACAAUGGUCAAAAAGAACCACGGUCCACCACAACCAGGGACCCGAGGUGUCCCCAGCAUCUCCCCAACACCGCCCUAUAGCUUGAAGCAAGGCAGCAACAACAAAGGGAGGGCAUUCUCACCUGUGGCUUGUCAUUACCUCCAACCCAGGCCCCCCGACGGCCCCCUUCACCCUAUCACAGGUAUUGGCUACUACAAGAACAUCAGCCCUGUAGUCUCCAGGAAGAAUUCCCCAGCAAGGAGCAUGCCAGGAAACAUGAGCCAAUUGCCUGCACCAGCACCCAACCAGGGGCACUUAAGCACUCCAGGAUUCCAGCCCUUCAUGCACCCCUCUCAGCUCCAGCCCCGGCACACUCCCAUCAACUAUCCCUCACCAGACCUGUACACCCGUCAGCCCCUUGACUUUGCUACUUACAAGAAGUAUGCCAUGUGAGACCAACACUAGUGUGUGUGUGUGUGUGUGUGUGUGUGUGUGUGUGUGUGUGUGUGUGUGUGUGUGUGUGUGUGUGUGUGUGUGUGUGUGUGUGUGUGUGUGUGUGUGUGUGUGUGUGUGUGUGUGUGUGUGUGUUGAAGUAUACACAGAUUG